UUGUUGUUAUUACAUGAUAAGUUAUGUUUAAAAUGUCUGUCCAGCAAACUGAGAGUUCAUUGUGGUUAAACUAUUGAAGUAUUCAAAGAAUAUUCUACUUUUUGUCCAUUGGAGUUGAAAAGAAAUUGUCUAUGGGUGAUUCUUCUGUCUUGUGAGUAGAAGGGUGCUUGUUUUUUGCUUUUUUUUUUUUUGCCUUUUUUUGCAUGGCAAGAUCCAAAUCAGACAUUUUUAGAAUUGAUUACCUGAUUGUGCUAAGCAAUGCAAAGAUUCUUAAGACUUGGAAUUGCUUCUUUAUCGACAGCAAUGAGUGCAGGUUAAGAAAGUUUAUUUGGUUUUACAAAAUAGUGUUGUGUAUCCAGUGCACUCAGCCCCUCCAGUCCUCCUCAGUGACAUCCAGUGAACUGGAAUAGAUCUUUUGUUUUAUCACGUUUGUUAGCUGGGCAGCUGUAGAAGUGAAGGGAGAAGAAAUAAUGAAUCUGAGAUUAUCAGCUACACUAGAAUCUAUACAGUAUCCGCACAAAUGAAUGAGACAUAACAAAUGCUUUUGAACUGUAGAACAGGAAUAAGUAUAUAAGCUUUUUCAGGAAGCAUGAUCUGGGUGUACUGACCGAAGUACACAAUCAUCUGAUUGGUACAAACUGAUCGUGGCAAUCCAUACACAAAUGUAGAAAAGGAGGAAGAGAGAGAUCUGGUUAAUAAGUAAUUCCUCAUCAUAAUGCAGAUCUGAACAAGCAAUACAGUUUCCCAACAGCAAAGACUGUAUCUCAGCUUAAACACUGUCCAGCACAAGUGUUUUGUUCCUUCCUCUCACCAAGAAGAAUAUGAAGAAUAAGAAGAGUUCUGCUCCACAAGAAGCAGAAACACGUGCUUCCAGGUGUCCAGAUAACACUGCAUUCAAACAACAGAAGCUACCGGCAUGGAAGCCCCAGCUUACCAUUGCAUCUGUGCUCUCCACUUUCUUUCUCACUGGAGCAUUUUGCCUUUCUGUGGGAGUCUCCCUCAUAGUAGCUGCAAACAGCGUCAGAGAAAUCCAGAUUGAUUAUUCAGAUAAAUGUUCAGAUUGUUCAAAGCUUCGUGAAAAUUCCUCUAAUUGGAACAUUGAAUGCCUCUGUUCUGUUAAUUUCACACUAGCAGAAGAUAUGCUGGGUGAUGUCUUUAUGUACUAUGGUCUGCAAAACUUCUAUCAAAAUCACCGUCGUUACGUGCUAUCAAGAAGUGAUGAACAGUUGUUGGGCCGAAAUGUAAAAGUUCAGAAGACCUACUGUGCACCCUUUGCCACUUACCAGAAUGGAACACCAAUGGCUCCUUGUGGUGCUAUUGCCAACAGCAUGUUCAAUGAUACUAUUGAUCUUUCUUACAAUGUGAACUCGUCUGUUAUUCAAGUGCCGCUGCUGAAGACUGGGAACAGUUGGUGGACAGAUAAAAAUGUGAAAUUUCGCAAUCCAGAGUCGCACAAUCUCUCUGCUGCGUUUGCAGGAACAGCAAGACCUCCGUACUGGCAUAAACCAGUGUAUUUGUUAGAUGAGGAAGAUGAGAAGAAUAAUGGAUACAUAAAUGAUGACUUCAUUAUCUGGAUGCGAGUAUCAGCCUUUGCUACGUUUAGAAACCUUUAUCGUCGUAUCAGCCGGAAAGGGCAGUUUACUGAUGGCCUCCCAGCAGGGAAUUAUACUUUCCAUAUUUCCUACAACUUCCCUGUUUCCAUGUUCAAGGGGAAGAAGUACAUGAUCCUUUCAACCAUGGUGUGGAGUGGAGGAAGUAACCCGUUCCUGGGAAUUGCCUAUUUGGUUUGUGGUGCAGCAGCAACCCUGACAGGUUUUAUCAUAACUGCCAUCCACUUAAAGCUCAGAAAGAAGAAAACAUACUUUCAGAGACACUGAUGUUCCCUGGAUUGCUCAGCGAAGGCAAAUGUGUGCUGUGAAUGAAGAACAGCCAGCACGGAUCUUUCAUUCUUUCCCCUGAGCUCUGGAUUUGCUUUAGUAGCAGGUUUGGUGAAUGUAAGCAAAUUGAGGGACACUGCUCGUCCAUCAUCCAAACCCAAACUUAAGCAAGGCUGCAUUAUUACUAAUGCAUAUAUGAUCCUAAAUUUGUUUCCUAGGAAACCUGUAUUGAGGGGAGCGACAAACAACGGAUAGUGUAGUGGCUUGGAAUUGCAAUGGCAGCAAAACUAGGUGGUAUUACUGUUCAUCCAGAAGUCAAGGUCUGUACUCAUUUCUUACUUAGCCCUUCAUUGCUACAGUAUUUCUAUUGACUAAAAUGCAGCUUUGGAUGGGUAGAAAGUGAGAUCUUGGUCCAACAAAGAGCUUGAGCUGAUAGAACCUAAUGCUAAAGCCCUCUUGUUGGUCGUGUGUGGGCUGACUGGCUUGGCACGGGUUGUACAAAGCUUUUUGAACUAUCCUGGAAAAGCACACCAUUUAUUUGUGUAUUAGUGUAGGAUAAUCAUCAUAGUUCAAUACUUAGAAUGCGGAUCAUGUUUCAGAAACACGGAGUGUGUUUAAAUCCUGUGUUGUGUUGGUUUUAUAUGAGUACCAGGAAUUGCCUGCAGAGCCAGAUAGAGGAUGUGAAAAAGUCAACUUAUAUUUUAAAAAAUUAUGGUUUAAUGGCUCCUUCAGUGCUAACCGUGUCAGUAAAACCAUCUAACUAAUGCAACCUGCCUACUGCAGCCUUCUGUGCAAGACGCUGACUCUCAGUGACAUGGAAUGUCUGCUGCACACUCAGGUCCCUAUUUCUAUGGUGCAGAAACUCAAUGUCAUAGGGAAGCUGUGUGAUAUUAUCAAGUCUGGUUUGCUGUUAAAGAUGCCCAGGUCUGCCUUUAAAAAUUUAUUGUGCACUUUGGACAUGGAACUGUGGCAGGCAGCCUCUGUGGAAUCAGAAUGCAAUGUUUCUUUCAAUGUCUGCCUCUUAAUUGUGUCGUGGGCAGCAGAAAACAUGCUGCUCAGGUUCACAGCCUGGCCUGUCAUUACAAGCUUGUUCCACUGAUGUCUUAUGCUGAUCUUCUGGGUUAACACACAUCGUCUUCUGCUCAUCCCGGUCAGGGCCAGUCCCUUCCAUCAGAAAGCUGUGAAAACAGGGUUCCAGGAUUUCAAACAACCACAUCUAAUCCUGCCAGGGGCUUGGGAGAGCCCUAUCCCUGACUGGACUGGACAAGACAGGGCACGAAGCAGUGCAUUUAGCAAUGCUUAAGCUCAUUAUUCUCAAUCACUUUUAACAAUGAGACAUGCUCCUGAUCCUUCUCAGUGCUUUUGAAAAUGUAAUCCCAUGCAGCCCGCUGGAAGGGCCCCGCUGGUGUUGCUGACAAAGCUGAAUCAGGACUUGCAGCUCCAAACAGACCACAGGACUCUUCUUUUUUUCCUUCCUAAUGCUUUCCCCCCCAUUCUCUGUGUGCAUGUGUGUGUGUUUUCUUAUUCUUUUUUUUUUUUCCCCCCUUUCGUUGUUUCUUUUUGUUGUUGUUUUAAUCCUGUGAGAAACUGACUUUCAGGAAAUGAUGUGUCAUCUGGGUGCUUAGGCCACAGCACGGUUGCCAUUAGUUCUGUUUCUUCAUGGAUUAUCUAGUAAAAAUGUUACUGAACGGAAUGAGGAAUGCAUUCCAGUGAUUUGGUGUCUGCAAUAAAGAAGAAGGUAUGUGGAAAGUGCAGUCUUGCAAGCAGUGUUAGCGAUAUGUCUGUUAUCUCCCAGAGGUUGCUGCAAGAACCUGGCUCUUCUCUUGAAACACAUGAUGUUUUCCAAGUCCUCUGCAGGGAAAGCUGUCUUCAAACCAGUCUUCCUGUAACUGUUAUUACCCAAGUCUUUGUUUUUAGGAACAAAAGCUCUUUUUCACCUUGCCACAACUUUAAAUACGUCUUCCAUCCUUAUUGAAGGCCGCUGCUGUUAUAUGAACAGCUCUGCAGAGCGUCUUGUCAUGUUGGAUAGCGCUGCCUGGCCCACAGUGAUGGUGGUGGCAGCUUUGAUGAAGUGCUUGCAGGAGAUAUGUUUGCAUGGGAUCUGCUUUGCUCAUAACGAUAGAAAAUAAAGUUUUAGCACCCUCCUUACGCUGCCUUUUGUGCAGCGCAACAAGUAAGCGGAUCUUUUUCAGUUAGAUGGUAGCACUUGUAAUCUUACUGAUUCAGUACAUAAACAUCCUGGUUUAAGGCUGCUGAAUGAACCUAAGAGCUGUACCUGGUAUGUGUAAAUGAGCAGCAGCACCGUGAGUGCUCCAUUGCUAAAGCCAUUCAAGACUGCAAUGUUCAGGCCUAGCAAAAUCAUUAAACUGUUUGAAGCCUUUUCCUACAGAUGCCAGCACUUCAGAAUACAGCGUGACACACAAGGUAUGUAGAUUUCUGCUUUCAAAGGAAAAGUCUUUGGGACUGGAUUUCAUGAAAGGUACCUGUAUCCAUAGAGGGAGGCGUUAAACAGAAGCAGCAAUUACAGGAUAUUUCAGGAGUGCUUCAGAUACAGAACGUUUCCAAGGCUUUCUAAGGGUUUACCAUUUCACACCUAUACAUCCAGUGUCUGUUUGCCGUGGUUGGUUUUUCUCUGUUACACAAAGAGAUUUGCUUCUUCCAUCUGAAAAUAAGGUAACCAAACUGGUGUCAGGGUAAAGUCAGGGAGAGAAGUUCAGGAAAGGGAGGGCUUGGAAAAUCAGAUAAUAUGCAGAGAGGACUGCAUUUCAAUUUGGAUUUAAGAUCUAAAAUAGGAGAAAGCAGCUGCUUCGCUGAUCAGGUGGUGCUGUAUUCCUUGAGUUGAGAGCAGUAUGGUGGGAGAAAGCUGAUUUGAGAGAGAAGCUGAGCUGCUUCUGUGUGCUCUGUGUGCUGCUCCUCCACCCCAGGCUAUGGGAAACCAGGCAAAGGAAGAGUCGGGGCUCAUUUGGCUUCUGCUUAAAUUUCAUGAGUGUGAGAAAGUUGUGUUCCUUUGUCUUUUUCCCUAAUGAGAUUCCUGAGGAAGUAGCAUCCAACCCUGCCCAUAGCCCCGCUGGUCACAAGUUAGUUUGCCUUUGGGGGGUUACUGAGCUGCUGCCGCUGAGGUACGAUGGGGCAGCUGCUACUUGGCAGCACAGAGAAACAUCACAACAGCUCAGGACAAUAAUAAGAACAUCUGCAGCUCAUAACAGCCCUCCCUGGUGGGUGUGCCAAGGCAUCCGGCACAGCAGCAGGGGACGGCCAGGAUUUAGGGCUGGCGGUGCUUCAUCCUGGUGGGUGGCGGGUGAUGGGAGGAGGUGGCAGUCCUGCGUGGUCUGGCUUCUGCUGGCUGCUACUGGGCCGUAGGAGGAGGGGGAGGGCUGUUCAGAAGGCAUUUGAGAGCCCCGAGGGGCAUUAUGCUGAACGCAGGGUGUGCUGCUGGGAUGGCUGAGCAGCUUAGCAUGCAUCAGAGCCUGCUGGUGGCCUAAGUGGGAUAUAGAGAUAAAUCACAGAGUGGGAGAGAAGGUGAGGGUGCAGAACAUGAGAAGACACGAGCCUGUUGGGCACAUUUUGGGCUUUGUCAGGAUGAUUUUGAUUGCAAAUGGAAUGUCCCACAUGGCAUAAGUAAAUAGGCUGCAUUUUGUUUGCCUCGAAACUUACCUGUCCUGUCAGGAAUUCUCAUAUCCACCAAAACAGGUAAUAGCAAAUGUGACGGAGAAAUUAUGCAUUAAUGUGUCAGGUGUAAUUUUAAGUGUUCUUAGUGUUCUGAGAGACUGUGCUUUGGGUAUGACUUUUUGAUUACUGAGUCACAUUAAUAGAGUAAUAGUUAAUAGAGUAAUAGUUAAUAGAGUAAUAGUUAUUGCAGAGAAUAUUCUUGGGACUAUUUAAUGCUAACUCACACACUUAUAUACGUACCUUAUAAAAAGUCAGAUUUGGAAAUAAGGGCAAAUGUUUAAGGUAUGAAGAUGGCUGUAGUUAAUAGCGGCCUUUGAAGUGGAUGCGGUGGGAACUGAUUUUUGCAGGCAGCUUCACUCAUACUGGGUAUCACGCGGCUGCUGCUUUCAUUAUGGCGUGAGCUUCAAAUCUGCUACAGAUGCGAAAGUCAUUAGAAGUUUGGAAUAGCAAAUAAUGGUUUCAAGUCCCUCGAUGCUGACAAAUUUAGUAUCUGCCACUGUUCUGUGCAGGAGCGCUGCCAGGGAAGGUGUAGAUUUAUGGAAGGGGUUUGGUUUGAUCAUCAGUGAUUUUCCUCGCUUUAUGCAGACAGGCAGCUCUUGGCGUACGUGGUUUCACCUUCCUCUACCGGGUUGAAAUCCUCUACCGGCACGAAUGCGAUAUUGAAACAUUGCUGUCAGAACUGAAAUUGAGUUGUUAUGUUAUUUUGUCUCCCCUUGACGCUCAAGUAUUGGGUUUUGGUCCCACUUAAUCUUCUUCCCUGCUGCCAAAAUAGCGCUGUGUUGUGGUUUGCUCCCAUGACCAAAGUGGGGUGUUGGGUUGGAACAGGAAUGGAAAUUCUCAGAGUCUGUGGAGCUGAAGGAAGAUCUGAAGCCCCACCAACUUGUUGGAAGUUACAAGCGAGGUUCCCUGGGAGCGCACUGAGUGUUUGGCCCCUGCCAGUUUGGGCAGAUCCUGAGAUCUCAUUAUUCCAGUGGCGCACUCUGUGUUGCCCCACAAAACUGAUAUUGAAGCCAUCUUAUGUGAACCUACAGAACCGGGAUCUGUGUUAUGUCAGCAUCUGGCUGUUGCUGGGGGAGAAGAAUGUCCUCCUCAUUUAUGUCACUCAUUAAGAGCCUUAGGAAUUUUAUAGAUGGACCGUAUGUGUAAGAGGAUGGUUUUGCUUUCUGCGUGCACCUUCCUGUUUGACUGGAAGGCCGCCGCCUUAGAGGAGGAAUCUCUGAAAUACUUCUGUCCUAUAAUUUACCUGCCAGGAUGGAACAGUGUAUGAGAUACGGUGUUCGCUGUGCCAGAUAUGACUUCAGACAGGAUGCUGUGUAACGAUGUGAGGGCCGUAAUGUGAGGUCCACUUUCUGAAGGAAGACAACUUUCAAGGAUGGUAGCAGAAAGCUCCAAACUGCACUGUGUUCUGGAUACUGGGAAGGUAUUAUAUACAUUAACUAGAAUUUGGACCAGGCAUGAAACUGAGGCUGGGAUACCUUUUGCAGUAGACAGAUGAUUGGGUGUUACUGAUCAGUGCGAGUUUUUCCUUCCAGUUGCUCUGCGCUGUUGGGCAGGAGGUGCUGGGGUAAGUUACCUUGUGAUAUGGGCAGCUUAGGGAUUUUCUCUGGGAUAUUUUUUCUUCCCCUGUUAUGAGUUUCAUUCUAAAAUUAUCCUCAUAAAAUCUGAAGAGAAAAGCAGAUGCUUGUUUGAUGGAUCUUCUCUCUGUGUCUGAACAAGCUUCUUUUUAUUCUGCAAUUGCAUCCCUAACUGAAUUCCACAUACAUUCUAUCAUACCUGUGUCACACGUGCAAAUGAGUCUGUGUUUUUGUAUGUGUUAUAUGCUCUUAUCUCUGAAAUAGAGUACAAACUAGCAGCGAGAUGGAGGUGAAAGUAAAGGCUGUUAAGCACAAACAUACUGAGCGUAAUAGGUAUGUACAAUUUAUUUAAAAUACUUUUGACCAUACAUUAAAAAACCUCACUAUUUAUACAGUCUAAUUUCUAGCAACAUAUACAGAUACUGAGCAACUACGCUACAUGCUGAGGUAAGAACAUACUCAAGCCAAAGAAGGCUGAAAUACACUUUAUAUCCAUAUAGCUUCACGUGUAAAAAUGAGACCCAUUAAUUGUACCUCUGCUUGCAUUGUGCAUUGGGGAACAUCACUCUUAGGUCUGUCACACAAUUUACAUUUGAGAGUCGAUGUUUAACAGCGUACACUUUAAACCCAACUAUGAGAAAUUCCAACUUAGCCCGAGCAGGUACAAUGUAAAUGUUGAAAGCAGUGAGGAAAGCAGCAGAGCAGGCUGUUUUCUGUCACAAAAAGGGCCUAACUCCAUUCUUAACUAUGACAGAUGCUGCUGCUCAGAUAAUAUAACAGCAUCGUGGCUGCUUGAACAUAACCCACUCUCUUACACUGCCUCAGCCUACUGUUACGGUCAUUGUUACACUGUAUCUGGCCUAAUAUAAAAAUCAAAUGCAGGUUUCCAACACUGUUAACUAAUUUUACCGAAUUACUUACAUAAAUCCAUGUGAUCCACACAGAUAUUUUUGUUUCAAAGCCUGAAACCUCAAAAGUUUCUUCAAGUGAAUUGGGAAUUGGGACACCUUGGUCACACCUCGGUGCAACCAACCAACCUUCCACCCCUUUCAAAUAAAGCGCUGUAAUGUCAAAGUUCUGACUGCUGCUUUGGGCAAGAGCGCAUACCUGCCUGUUUAAGGAGAGCACAGAGGACUGUGAACUAGCUUUAUCA